ACAGGCGGAAUCACCGCCGCCGCCGCCAAGACCACUGAGAUCCCCGUGAGAGAUGACUCCACCGCCCGCAUGGAUGUGGCCGUGGCUCGUGUGCCUGGUCCUCGCAGCGGCUACGACCGGGGCCCAUGGAGCUGCCAGGAAACCCGUGGAAGGCGAUAACGAGGACGAAGACAUGGCGAAGAUGUACGCCUGCUACGCCAACUACCUCAUUACCGAAAUGUGGAACAGGGUGGUCGUCGCCGAUUGGAACUACGCCAACAACCUCACGGAGUACAACAAGAACAAGAGCGUGGAAGUGACACUCGAGACUCAAAAACUGGAUAUGGAAGUCUGGAAAAAUGUCACUAAGUACAAGUGGACCAAGUUCGAGGAUCCGGUGACGAGAAGGAUUUUCGAAAAGCUCUCCGUUCUGGGCACUGCCAUUCUGAGCAAUGAUAAGCAAAAUGAGCUUGUCAACAUAAUUGCGGAUAUGCAAGAAAACCACGCUUCGAGAAAAAUUUGUCCUUUUGUGCGGAAAACGAACAAGCCCGAUGAAUGCAACUUGUCUUUGGAACCAGAGAUCAAAAACAUCCUCAUGGACUCCCGGAAUUAUUACGAGCUCCAGCACGUAUGGAACGAGUGGCGGAAGGUUGCGGGGAAGCCAAUGAAGCAGAAUUACGUGCGCUACGUCGAGCUCUUGAACGAAGCGGCCAGACUGAACGGCUUUGAGGACGCGAGCGGACUCUGGCAGGACGUGUACGAGUACGACGGCCUCGAGAGCAACAUGGCCAAGCUGUGGGAGCAGCUGCUGCCACUCUACCAGGAGCUACACGCUUACGUGCGCAGCAAGCUGCGCGCCAUCUACGGCCCGGACAAGGUUCCCGAAGAUGGACCCAUCCCGGCACACCUACUCGGUCACAUCCACUCUCAAGAUUGGUCCGCAAUAACCGAAAUGACCCGACCGUACCCGAACAAACCGGCAGUUGACGUCACGGUUGCCAUGAACGAAAAGAACAUGACUGUUCUCGACAUGUUCAAGAUGUCCGAGGAGUUUUUCACCUCCAUGGGCCUUCCGCCAAUGCCCAAAACAUUCUGGGAGCGCUCGGUGCUGACAAAGCCUACAGACAGAAAGAUCGUGUGUCAUGCUUCGGCUUGGGAUUUCUACAUCGCUAAGGACGUAAGGAUCAAGCAAUGUACACAAGUGAAGAUGGAUGACCUGCUUACUGUGCACCAUGAAAUGGGUCACGUUGAGUACUUCCUCAAGUAUGCCAAGCAGCCGGUCUUCUUUAGGACUGGUGCAAACCCAGGUUUCCAUGAGGCUAUUGGAGAUACUAUCGCUCUCUCUGUGGCCACACCAAAGCACCUGAAGGCAGUUGGCCUACUGGAAGAGAGAAUGGAGGACGAAGAAACGGACAUCAACUACCUGCACAGUAUCGCCAUGGACAAAGUGGCCAUCAUACCCUCGGAGUACAUUUUUGACCUCUGGAGGUGGAAUGUGUUUAAGGGCAACUACAAGCCAGAAGACUACAACAAGGCUUGGUGGACUCUGUUACUGAAUUACCAAGGAAUUUGCCCCGGUGUUCCACGAGCAAUGGAUGACUUCGACCCGCCCUCAAAAUACCACAUGUCUGCCAACGUACCAUACAUAAGGUAUUUUGCAAGCACCGUUCUGCAGUUCCAAUUCUACAAGGCACUUUGUGAAGAAGCCAACCACACUGGGCCAUUGCACAAGUGCGACUUCUACAGGUCGAAAGAGGCAGGAAAGUUAUUUGGGGAUGUAAUGGAGCUGGGAUACUCCAAACCAUGGCCAGAAGCCUUGGCCAUGCUAACCAAAGGCAGGACGAGAGAAAUGGAUGCCAGUGCACUGUUGGAGUACUUCGACCCACUCUACAAAUGGCUCAAGGAGUACAACAAGGGAACGUACGUUGGCUGGAAGAGUGACAACCCGACUGCUUGCCCAAGAGCUACGAGACCGUGCCCUAAUAAGAAACACAAAUGAGCAAAGGCUCAACACCCCAGAUACCUGUUUAAUUAUUCUUCUUCGUAGACUACAUUUCAAGAUCCAUAAAGCUCCACACAUUUCUGAGUGCACAGAAGGUGAUGAAUGAAAACUAUUUCACAUAAAUAAAAGCUGAACUCACCCGUCAUGGAUCACAACCUUCGUGUAGCAGUAUCUUGUGAUGUCGGACAUGCUCCCGUGACUGGUCGAUGUGCUAACAAGUUCAACAUUACUAAGCAGUGUGUUAGCACACACCGUCAUCAUGCAUAUCUUCUUACACUGCUUUC